CUCUGAUCUCUCAUGGCGUCCAGGUUGGUGCUGAGACAGCUGCUCUGCAAGGGCCAGCAUGGCUCCCGACACUUGUCGACGUUGGCCGCCGGCGGGGCUGCCAACCUUGCUCCCCGCUCCCCCGGCGCUUUUCUUCUUGACGGUGGCACGGACCACGCGUGGUUCGCGGCGAGGCUCUUACCGGCGCGAGCGAACAGUGGUGCUGCUGCUCCGGUCAAGCUUGCCGGUGGCGGCGAAACGCCGGAGAGCGGCGGGGAGAAGGGGAUGAUAACGAGUUAUUGGGAGAUAGAGAAGCCGAAGGUCGUGAAGGAAGACGGCACCGAGUGGAAGUGGAAUUCCUUCAGACCGUGGGAAACGUACAAGGCUGACCUGUCUAUCGACUUGGGGAAGCACCACUCGCCGUCGAACGUGCUAGACAGGGUGGCGUACUGGACGGUGAAGGCGAUGAGGGCGCCGACGGACGUGUUCUUCCGGAGGAGGUUCGGGUGCAGGGCGAUGAUGCUGGAGACGGUGGCGGCGGUGCCGGGGAUGGUGGGGGGGAUGCUGCUGCACUGCCGGUCUCUGAGGAGGUUCGAACACAGCGGCGGGUGGAUCAAGGCGCUGCUCGAAGAGGCGGAGAACGAGCGCAUGCACCUGAUGACCUUCAUGGAGGUGUCCCAGCCCCGGUGGUACGAGCGGGCCCUCGUCGUCGCCGUCCAGGUCGUCUUCUUCAACGCCUACUUCCUCCUCUACCUCGUCUCCCCCAAGCUCGCCCACCGCGUCGUCGGCUACCUGGAGGAGGAGGCCAUCCACUCGUACACCGAGUUCCUCAAGGAGAUCGACGCCGGCAACAUCCCCAACGUCCCCGCCCCCGCCAUCGCCCUCGACUACUGGCAGCUCCCCCAGGGCUCCACCCUCCGCGACGUCGUCUUGGCCGUCCGCGCCGACGAGGCUCACCACCGUGACGUCAACCAUUUUGCCUCCGACAUACAUUUCGAAGGACAUGAAUUGAGACAAACUCCUGCUCCCAUUGGGUACCAUUGAUCAGAUCGAUCGACCUCCAUAGUUUUGCAGAAAAGGGAAUACAGGAAAAUGGGAAGAAAAUUAGAACACAAGAAAGGAAAAGCAAUAACUCUAUGGUGAAUUUCCCCUAGCGUGUUUCACAAUAUAUGUUGGUGGAGAAUAGAAGAUCUAGAUGGCAGUAAGUCGGCUCUUUGAGGGGCUAGCUGGUGCUUCUGUUAAGUAGGUGGUGAUGCGAGUAUACUUUUCUCAUCAAUACUUGGCGUCGGUUUUCCUUCGACUGCUUUCCACUGCCUUGUAUAAGUUCCUUUUCAGCUUGCUUUCAUAUGUGAGUUCAGUGUGUUUCUUCUGUAUAAGGGAAAUGAUAAUCUAAUAAUUCCUUGUAGUUA